AUGGCUUCCAACAUGCUGCGCGGCUUGUGGCCCUCUGGCCCUUCAGACCAGACCACCCCGAAAGCAUCCAGCUCUCACUCGAAUUCCGCCGCUGAACGUAAUCCCUUUGACAACAUGCAGCCUCCUGCUAUGACUAAGCAAUCCUCUCGCUCUUCGCUCAAUGCCUCUCUUGUCGGCACCCAUCUUCCCGGUGAUCAAACUCCAGGUAUGAGAACACCUGGCAGCGUCAUGCCGCAUUCUGCCAUCCCUACCACUUCCAUCUCCCUUGGUGAUCCAGAUUUCACCAUCAAGCUGCCUCCACCAAAGCCCAAGAACGAUGCAUCUGGAGCUGUUCCAGCUGAAUUGAACAACAACUCGGCAGCUACCACUCCUAUGACUGAUGCAACAUCCGCAUCCACAGCCUCCGCCGCUUCCACUUCCAACAACAACCAUGCCGCUUCUGCCAACGCCGCCGCCACCACCAACUCCACCAACUCCACCAACUCCACCACCACCGCCAACAACAACAACAACAACAACAACAACAACAAUGCCAGCUCGGGUAGCAGCACCAGCAAGACCCGCAACACCAACGCACCGCGUGGUCAUCUUACCAUCAAAAUCGUGUCCGGUCGCAACCUCGCCGUCUCCAGCCCUGCAGCUCGACCCUACGCCGUCGUCCAGUUCGACAAGAACGAGUUCAUCGGUCGUGAACCGAUCGACGAGUUUGGUCAAGAAGCCAAAGGAGUAGCCCAACCCCGCUCCGAAGCAGGUGAAGCAGGUCGUUCUCGAGCUAAAACCGUCACCCCUGCAGACGCUCUCUCCCAAACAGGUGCAAAUCACAAUCCGGUUUGGAAACACCAAGUGACUUUUGACGUUACACAGGAUUCCCAGCCGAUCUACAUCAGCGUUUACGACAGGCACUCGGAAGAUGAAGGCUUCUUGGGUACGCGAGAGAUCAAGCCUCGUCUAGUGCACAAGAUGAUGAGCGACCAGUGGUAUCCGCUUUCGUCACGCGAUCAUGAGGAAGCAAUGCAGAACCAUAGAGGCGAGAUUAGGGUUCAGAUUACGUAUGAGAAGAUGCCUCAAAAGAAGUUGACUCUGCAUGAUUUUGAGUAUUUAAAACUCAUCGGAAGAGGCACUUUCGGAAGGGUGUUUCAGGUGCGAAAGAAGGAUACCAAACGUAUCUACGCUAUGAAGGUUCUCUCUAAGAGGGAGAUCGCACUGAAGAAGGAAGUGACGCAUACGAUGGGAGAGAGGAAGAUUUUGGAAAAGUCGUUGGAUUGUCCAUUUUUGGUGGGCUUGAAGUUUUCCUUCCAGAGUGCAACCGAGUUGUAUUUCGUAACGGAUUACAAGUCUGGUGGAGAGCUCUUUUGGCAUUUGCAACGAGAAGGCAGGUUUACCGAGGAAAGAGCAAGGUUUUAUAUCGCAGAGUUAGUCCUGGCCCUCGAGCAUUUGCACAAGUACGACAUCGUCUAUCGUGAUCUUAAGCCGGAAAACAUCCUGCUAGAUGCUACUGGCCAUGUGGCACUCUGCGAUUUUGGUCUUUCCAAACCAGACCUCGGCGCAGGUCAGCUGACCAACACGUUCUGCGGUACAACCGAGUACCUAGCCCCCGAAGUACUUUUGGAUGAAUCCGGAUAUUCGAAAUUGGUCGAUUUCUGGUCCUUGGGGGUUUUGUUGUUUGAAAUGUGUUGUGGAUGGUCGCCCUUCUACGCCGAAGAUACUCAGCAGAUGUACAGGAACAUCUGUUUUGGUAAGAUCAAGUUCCCGAGGGGUGCGAUUGGCGAUGAUGGUAAGCAAUUCGUUAAAGGUCUUCUCAACCGCAAUCCCCGCCACCGAUUGGGCGCCCAGAGAGAUGCGCAGGAUCUGAAAGAGCAUCCCUUCUUCAACGAUAUCGAUUUCGACGCACUCGCCAAGAAACAGCUCACUCCUCCAUUCAUGCCAUUGGUGGAGAGCGAUGAGAGCGUAGCCAAUUUCGAUCCCGAGUUUACCGAGACCGAUCUCAAGGACGUAGCGGUGAUCCCUGGUUUCGAGGGCUCCAGUACGGAUGCAGCGGAAGCGUUGAACAAUGGCGAUAUUUUGGCUGAGAAAGAAAACGGUGGUGUCAAGAUCAGCAAGCAACGAGGUGGGGAGGAGGAGGAGUUGAGUAAGAGUGUCCAGGAUAAAUUUAGAGGUUUCUCCUACAGUGGUACCUAUGAAGGCAGUGCCGCGGGUAGUUUUGGAGGUAGGAGAGGUAGUGGUGGGUUUGGGUUGGCAGGCGCUAGUUUAGGCAUGAGUAGGAUGAGCGUCGAUGACGAGGCUGCCUGGAAGGAUGAUGGUGACGAGCCCAUGUGUGGGCGUUGA